ACCCCUUGUUUCCCCCGCUUGCCUCUCCACCCAUCCACGCCUCUCCCACUCCCCCCCUCACCACCUGCUUCUGUGCCCCGCUCCUCCCCACGCACCCACUUCCUUCACCCCUUCCCUCCAGGUCCCUCCUUCAUCCUCUCCUUCCACCGAACCCACUCAGGAUCUGAGUGCGCCGGCCAGCAGCAGCACGAUACUGCAUUCUUACGCCCAGCUGCUCGUCUCUUCCCUCCCCCAACCAUUUCCUCCUCCAACAAGCAGUUCCCGCCCCACCAUCAUCUCUCCCCUUUCCCCACCCAAACCCACUCAGGCUGACUGUGCGCUCGCAAGCAGCGGCCUGGUGCUGGUGUUCGGGGAGGUGCAUCCAGAUGCCUGCCACUCUUCCCUUGACUCUCUCGACAAUUGCUUUCAUCCAAACCACACUGCUUUUCAAUCCUCUCUUCCCCCCCAAUCCUUUGUCCCUUCCUCAUCCCCAAACCUUCCCAUUUCUCCACCCUCCUGCCCCACCCUAUCAAGAUCUGAGUGGUCUGGCCAGCAGCAGCACAGUCCUGGCGUUGAGGGAGGUGCCCCUUGA